AUGCAGUUUUACAAAGAGAGGAUUCUUAACGCUGCGCAGUUAAAAAGACUAAGUGAACACAAGUAUUCUUGUAGUAGUGCCAGUUUACUUGAUGCAUGGCUCCAGCCUUGGUGGUGUUGGCUUGUUUCUAAGACUCCACUUUGGCUCGCACCGAAUCUCAUUACUAUAUUAGGCUUAAUUAUAAAUAUAGUAACUACUCUAAUCCUCGUAUGGUAUAGUCCAGAUGCUCGACAAGAUCCACCUAGAUGGACAUGUGCAUUAUGUGCUUUAGGCGUAUUUGUAUACCAGAGCUUGGAUGCCAUAGAUGGCAAGCAGGCAAGAAGAACAGGAAGUCAGUCUCCCCUAGGAGAGCUGUUUGACCAUGGUUGCGAUAGUAUAUCCACAGUGUUCAUAGCUCUCGGAGCUUGUAUAGCUGUCAAACUUGGAGAGUAUCCUACAUGGAUGUUUUUCCAAUGCUUCUGCGCCAUGACAUUAUUCUACUGUGCCCACUGGCAGGCCUACGUCACGGGAACGCUAAAAAUGGGCCGCAUCGACGUCACAGAAGCGCAGUACACGAUCAUCUGUAUUCACCUUAUAUCUGCUACUCUAGGUGCAGAUGUAUGGGCGACUCAGGUGGGAUCGUUCGAGAUGCGCUAUUCGCUAGGUGGCGCCGCGCUGCUCGGAGCUGUCAUGACGCUGGGGUCGCUUGGAGCAGCCAUUGUAGCUGGUGGCGUCGGCAAGAAUGGCUCCACAGUCGCCGGCACCAGUAUCCUGACGCCCGUGUUCCCCUUCGCGUUCGUUGUGGUGCCAGCCUUCAUCAUCUUCCAGAAGAGUGAGUCUCAGGUCUACGAGAAUCAUCCCGCUCUUUAUAUCCUGGCUUUCGGAAUGGUUGCAGCUAAAGUCACCAAUCGUCUUGUGGUUGCCCAUAUGACAAAGAGUGAAAUGGAUUAUUACGAUUGGUCGCUGUUGGGACCAGCGAUGCUCUUUCUGAACCAGUACUUCAACAAUGCUUUACCAGAAUACUACGUUCUCUGGUUAUGUACUGUGUGGGUAGUUGUAGAACUAAUCCGUUACUGCGGACAGAUCUGCCUCGAGAUCUGCGAUCAUCUCAAGAUCCAAUUGUUCCGCAUUACUCCGGUGUCAGCGCCAAUAACGACGGCCGCUGCUGCGCCGGCACCGACUCGACACAAGCAGCCCGACAGAAAUGUGUCGAGUGAUAGUGACAGAUCAGAAAGCGAAGACACCGCACCGUUAAUAAACAAUAGUAGUUAA